UUAUUUUACACUUCAAAAAUAAUUAUGUCAAAGAAAAGUCGUGCCAAGGGAGAGAAGUCCGACAUGGAGAUUGAAGCCCUGCAAGCUGCUAAUGAGGAGCUACGAACUAAACUAACCAACAUCCAGAUAGAAUUUCAACAAGAAAAAAGCAAGGUGGGUAAAUUGAGAGAGAAAAUCCAAGAGGUUAAGCAAGAAAGGGAGCAGGAGCAGCACAAGCACACUGCCUAUGUUUCUGAACUGAAAGCCAAGCUCCACGAGGAGAAAAUGAAGGAACUUCAGAGUGUCAGAGAGCUACUGAUCCGGCAGCACGAGCAGGAGGUGGCAAGAAUGGUGAAAAUCAAAGAUGGUGAAAUUCAGCGUUUGCAGUCAACAGUCAAUGUCCUGCGGGACGGGGCAGCUGACAAAGUGAAGACGGCGCUGCUGAGUGAAGCAAAGGAGGAGGCUCGCAAAGCGUUUGACGGUGAACGGAUGAAGUUGCAACAGGAGAUCUUGGAGCUGAAAUCUGGCAAAAAGCAGCUUGAAGAAGCUUUGAACAACAUUAUGCAGGCGGAUAAAAUGAAGGCUGCUGACCUGCGCACGGCUUAUCAGUCUCAUCAGGAUGAGAUUAAUAGAAUAAAGCGGGAAUGUGAGAGAGAGAUCCGCAGGCUGAUGGAUGAGAUAAAAGGCAAAGACAGAGUGAUUCUGGCUCUGGAGAAAGACCUCGGUGUCCAGGCAGGCCAUACACAGAAACUGCUCCUUCAGAAAGAAGCUUUGGAUGAACAGCUUGUCCAAGUGAAGGAGGCAGAACGAUACCACAGUAGCCCUAAGAGAGAGCUUCCUGCGGGAGUGGGGGAUAUCACUGAACUGAUGGGAAGUCCGGAGCAGCAUUUGGAUGAACGAGAUGUACGGAGAUUUCAGUUAAAAAUCGCUGAACUGAAUGCUGUAAUAAGGAAGCUGGAAGACAGAAAUACUCUCUUAGCAGAUGAAAGAAAUGAACUGCUGAAACGUUCUCGGGAGACAGAAAGUCAGCUAAAGCCUUUGGUAGAAAAAAAUAAGAGGAUGAGCAAAAAAAAUGAUGAUAUGUUGCAAUGUAUACAGAGAAUGGAAGAGAAAAUAAAAAAUCUGUCAAGGGAAAAUGUAGAAUUGAAAGAGAAGUUAUCUGCACAACCAGCGCUGAAGAGGCACACAUCUUUGAAUGAUCUCAGCAGCACACGGGAGGAACAAGAAAUUGAAUUCCUUAGACUGCAAGUCAAAGAACAGCAGCAUGUUAUUGAUGAUCUCACAGUGGAAAGGGAACGGUUAUUACGGUCUAAAAAACAGAAGAGGAAAAGUCUGAAGCCUCCAAAGAGGCAUGUUGUGGAGACAUUUUUUGGAUUUGAUGAAGAAUCUGUUGAUUCAGAAACAUCAUCUGUAACUUCAUAUAACACAGAUAAAACAGACAGGACACCAGCAACACCAGAAGAAGAUUUGGAAGAUAGCACACCUAAAGAAGAAGCUGAACUAAGGUUCUGCCAGCUAACAAGAGAGUAUCAAGCUUUGCAAAGAGCAUAUGCAUUGCUUCAAGAACAAGUUGGUGGAACCCUGGAUGCAGAGAGAGAAGCAAGGACUCGUGAACAACUGCAAGCUGAUCUUCUCAGGUGUCAGGCAAAAAUUGAGGACCUGGAGAAAGCUCUAAUCGAGAAAGGACAGGAUUCAAAAUGGGUAGAAGAAAAGCAGCUGUUAAUCAGAACAAACCAGGAGUUGCUAGAGAAGAUUUACAGAAUGGAACAAGAAGAGCAUCAGCUGAAGAACGAGAUGCAAGAUGCAAAAGACCAGAAUGAGCUGUUAGAAUUCAGAGUGCUAGAGCUUGAAGAGAGAGAACGAAGGUCACCGGCAUUUAAUCUUCAUAUAACCACCUUCCCUGAAAACAAUGGAAGUGCACUUCAACUGUUCUGUCAGCAGGAAGGAAUAAAGGAUGUGAAUAUAUCUGAACUUAUGAAGAAGCUAGAUAUUCUUGGAGAUAAUGGGAAUUUGAGAAACGAAGAACAGGUUGCAAUAAUCCAAGCUGGGACUGUGCUUUCCCUCUGUGAAAAGUGGUUAAAACAGAUAGAGGGGACAGAAGCUGCACUGACACAGAAGAUGUUAGACCUGGAGAAUGAAAAGGACCUGUUCAGUAAACAGAAGGGUUAUUUAGAGGAAGAACUCGACUACAGGAAACAAGCUCUGGACCAGGCAUACAUGAAAAUCCAGGAGCUGGAAGCCACGCUGUAUAAUGCCCUGCAGCAGGAUCCAGGAAGGCGGGCAAGCGAGUUGCUGACCGAAGCCCAGAGGGAGGAUUUGCGAGGUGCAGUGGAGAAGGUGCGGCGGCAGAUCCUGAGGCAGAGCCGUGAGUUUGACAGCCAGAUCUUGCACGAGCGAAUGGAGCUGCUGCAGCAGGCACAGCAGCGAAUUCGAGAACUAGAAGAUAAAAUAGAACUUCAAAAGAGGCAACUCAAAGAAAUUGAGGAAAAGUUUUUGUUCCUUUUUUUGUUUUUUUCACUAGCAUUCAUUCUGUGGCCUUGA